UCCUCCCAUUAAUCCAGGAAGCCGCAAAAAGCUUCUCGCGACUUGGACCCGCAGAGCAGGAGUCUCCCUUCUGGGUCCGAUCCUCUUCCAAUGGUCUCCCAGGCACUGGUACGCUCCUUUAGCUCAACCGCCCGGAACCGCUUCCAGAACCGAGUGGCUGAGAAACAGAAACUCUUCCAGGAGGACAAUGACCUCCCGGUGCACUUGAAGGGCGGUCUAACCGACAACAUCCUGUAUCGAGUGACUAUGGGUCUCUGUCUGGGAGGCACUGUUUACAGCCUGUACUGCCUUGGCUGGGCCUCCUUCCCUCACAAGAAGUGAAACCAAGAAGUCUGCAGGACCUGAACAAGCAUCAAUAAAUGUGCUGGCUUCUUGAGGAACCCAGCCCA